AUGGAGACCUUGCCGAACAUGGCUGCUACAAAUAACCACCGAGAGUCUUGGGAUUCUCUCUCCUCCGCUUUCUCCCACCUCGAUGCCUCUUUCUCCCAAGACAGUUGCUAUGGCUCAGACGAAGUUUCAGUCUCCUCAACCACUACCGCGCCGCUUGAGUCCAGCGUUUCAACUUUUGUCGCCAAGAAUGAGAAGCAACCUCUUCACUCAAUCCUCAAAUCAAUCUUGAAAAACUCCACCGCCGAUCUCCAAGAAGACGACGACAGCGACUCUGAAUCUGAGUCUGAGUCUGGAUAUGGAUCGGACGACAUCGAACUCGAAUACGAUGCUCUCUCCGAAGAUGAAGACGAGUCCGAUGAGGACGACAUGUCUGACUUCUCUGUGUGGGACGAGGAUUCCUCGCACAAUGUGCCGGAGACCCAUGAGGAUCAUACCCAUUCGUUUGACGAUUCCUUCAUCGGCUUUGAGACCUCGGUUCGAUUUGAUCCCCAUAUCGAAUACAUCGGAACUCCAGAUACCGACCUAUCCGAGGAUGAGGAAGCUCCCCAGUCUGAAAUGACCAUGCAUGAGAUGAUGCUCCUUGCCCUGAAGUCAGGCUCUGUGCAGAGUUCUCUGCAUGAGUCCGAUACCGAGGAUGAUGACUGUGAGGAUAACCGUGAUUCUUUCUUCCGCGCAAACGCACCACAGCUGGAAGAUUUCACCCGCGACGCCGUCGAUGUGGACCAGCGUCUCUUCAUCGCAUACAUGAACGGGAUUCAUGGAAUUGCGGAUUCAAACUACAAAACUUAUCUUCGCGCCCAGGCGGACAACAUCAGAAUGGGCCACGAAACCGAGUCCAUGCACCCCGACGAUCCUCCUUGCAUGUAUCUCGACUCGGUCCUCAAUCAUGUCAUCGGUGUCUUCCGUAACCUCCUUGCUGUGGAUGAGUUGAAUGACUUGAUUGCACUCCGCAAAGAAGACUCGACCUUCGAGCCCGCGAAGACCACUCUUUCUGUUGAGACUCCCGCCGAGACUCCAGCUGAGGCGUCUGGCCCGAACACACACCAAGCUCUACUGGAUAAAAUUGAACACUUCCUCCUUGACCGACUCACCAACGGCUGCGUGGAUGUUUUCCCAGAUGAGCUGAGCUUCUUCGCCGGUGGAAUCGCACACGCGCUGGGCACUGAGGACUUGCCCGCAAUCGUUUAA